AUGGAGUAUUCGUAUUGCGAGUCUUUCCUCUCGCGCUCUGCUGUGGAGGCGACUGCAGAGGCCCCCUCUCUUAUCCCUCCUCUUCCUUCCCUCGACCGUUCUUCAGGGGGGCCCCCUGAUGCUUCUGCUUCUUUUGGGGGUUGGGGGGCCCCCCCUGUGGGGCCCCCCAAUCUGUGCCCUUCACAAGACUCAGCAAGCUCCUCUCAAAGGCUUCUUUCUUCUUCACCUCCUCUAGUUGCUGCUGCUUCACCUCCUCUACUUACCCUUCCUUCUUCUUUAUCCUUAGACAGCGGCCGUUAUGCUUUGGGGGCCCCUGAAGAUACAGCUAGCUGUUCUGCAUUGGCCGUGGCCCCCCUCCCUUGUACUGCUGCACCAGCAGCAACAGCAGCAACAGCAGCAGCAGCAGCAGCAGCAGCUGCUGCUGCUGCUGCUGCUGCAGGGGGCCCCCGCAACCCCACACUGGAGGAGGUGGGCCUAGGGAUAUUUCUGUGCAAUAAAAUUUACUUCGAGUACAAAGGAGACUCUCAGCUGCCUGCUGAGGUUCGCCUCGCCCUCAAACACCCUCACGGCUACCAGGUAAAGGGAGCAGCAGCGACGCACAAACCAGCAGCAGCAGCAGCAGCAACUGUAGCACAUGCAACAGAAGGAGCAGCAGCUGCAGCAAGGCCGCCCUGCGCGCUGUUUUAUGGGGCAAAAGGAAAGCAAAGCAGCAGCAGCAGCAGCAGCACUUCAUCGGCAGCAUCUAAACCAAACAAAACACAAAAAGAAAUAACCUCCAACCCAUCACACUCGCAGGGGGCCCUGGAGGCCCCAGCAGCAGCAGCAGCAGCAGCAGCUCCGGAAUCGCAGGGUUUAGGGGGAGGAGGGAGCCCCGCGGAAGGGGCCCCUCGGGGGGCCCCCGCUUGCAACUGCAGCGACUGCGGCCGCUGCCGUGCGUUUGCAGAGGCCCGGCGUAUUUUGAAGCCCUUUGGGGUACAGCUGAUGCUGGGGCCCCCCCUUGGGGGCCCCCAAGGGGGCCCCCCUGGGGGCCCCUAUGGGGGCCCCUAUGGGGCCCCUCCUCCCUCAAGGAAAGACAGCCAAGGGACUGGGGGGCCCUCUGAGGUCGGCGGUCGGAGGCGGAGGAGGGGCCCUAAGGAGGCAGGGGGCCCCACAGGGGACACUUCUCUUUCUUUGUCUCUUGUCUCUCCGUCUUCACUUCAACAAGAAUUGCAUACAUGCAGCAGUGCGCCUGCAGAAGGGCUCCCAGCCUCUAGUGGAGGGCAUUGUCUCUGCUGCGCAUUAGCAGCGAGGGGGGCCUCCGGGGGCCCCCGUGGGGGCCCCCUUGAAGAGGUUCAGGGGCAUAUUGUAGUGGAGACACUUCCCCCAAAGGAGCUUGCUGCUGUUGAGGCAGCAGCAGCCCUUAAGAGGGCCCUCAGCUACUUUAUCUUGGAGGCGCCGGCCCCUGCUGCUGCUACUGCUGCUGCUGCAGUAGCAGCAGCAAGAGGAGGGGGCAGACAGAGGCCCCCAAACACAGCAGGAGAAGGUCAGCUGCUGCAACACACCAAGCCAGGCCCCGUUGCUGCCGUUAAGCUGCUGCAGCAGCCCCCAACGAAGCAGCAGAAGCAGCAGCAGCAGCAGCAGCAGCAGCAGGGCGCAGACGAGCCCCCCCGCGCUGUUGGCGAUGCCCCGGUUGAAGGGAGCGACGUUGUGAAUCCCCCGAAGCGCAGCAGCAGCAGCACCAGCAGCAGCAGCAACAGCAGCAGCAGCAGCAGCAAUGGUGGGGACAGUUUGUGUGCAGUGCGUUUGGGUUUAUUAGACGCUGUUUUUCAGCUGCACGAUAUUCCGUGCAUGCACCGCCAGGCUGCUGUCUCCUCCAAUCAUUUCUCUGCUGUCCUCUCCAGCCAACGCGCAGUACUAACGCGCGUCUCCCCCGCCUUCUUGGCGUUUUUGCUGCAGCAUGAAGAGGCGUUGGAGGCGGAGUUCCCGAAGGGGCUUGCUGCUGCACUUGAACAGCAGCAAGAAGCGAGGAGGCGGAGGGCCCUCUCCAGCUCAGGGGCCCCUGGGGACAGCGCGGAGCAGGGGCCCCCACAAGGAGGCGAUGAACUGCAAACAAUAAACAAAACCCUCAAACUAGGGCCUUCUUUUACCCUUCAUACAUUCGUAUUCGACGGACGGCGGCAAGCCCGAGCCCUUUUGAAGCUGCUGCGCGCCUUCAUCGCUCUGCACGACCAACUUGCUGCAACAGGGCAUCCAGGGGGGGCCUCUGGGGGCCCCACGUCGUAUCAUUCUUUUGUUGCUGCUGCUGCAGCACACCACUCCCUCGGCAGCAAAGCCGUACGCAGCCUCAACAGAAAAAACUUAGGGGCCCCUCUCCAGGUGUUUUUGUUGGUUUCAAACUUCCAAGUGCGGGGGGCCCGGGUGACGGAUGGCGCCGUCUCCUUCACAGAAACUUUGCUCUCCCGGGAGCACCGAUCUACAGAGCGGGUGAAGCGGCUUCGUAUUAAAGGCCUCCUUCUGCCUCAGAGCCAGAAAGAGUUUCUGCAUGCUGUGUGGCGUCACUUUCAAACUUUUGGGGGUUUGUUAGAGGAGUCGGUGUUUAGGGUUUUGAGGUGUCUGCUGCGGCGUCGCUGCGUGACGGAACGUCGAGCUUUGCAAGCAGUUGCUGCAGCAAAUAAAAAACGCCGUGGGGCCCCCAGGGCCCCGGGGGCCCCCGGGGCCCCCGAAGUUGGUCGUGGGGCUUGUGGGGGCGUUGGAGAUGUGCCUGCUGCUGCCGAAUGCAUGCGGCUGUGCAUCCCUCUCACUGCUCAUCGAUUUGCUGCUGCAAGAAGAGAGCACGGGCAGCUGCUACAGCAGACGCCGGUGGAGUGUCUGGUGUCUGGUGCAUACUUCCGUUUUCUGUCUUUGUUUGGGGGCCCCCCUCCCUUUGACGCGGACUUUAGUCCUUUGCUUCGCCCUUCCUGGCUGUCUGCUCUGGGGCCCCUGAAGGAGAAACAACAAAUAAAAGAAACUCCAGACGAGCGCGAACAAACAAAAACAAACGGCACUGCUGCUGUCUGUACACCCCAACUCUUCGUCUGUCUCCUCACCGGCGAAACAAACUACAACUCAACCCUAGACAGAUGUUCGGGCGGCGUGACGGGUUCGCUGGCAGCUCUAAUGCGAAUGGCGUUUGAGGAGGAGCCCUUUAAAGGAAAGGUCUCUGUCUGUCUCUCCGUUGGCGAGGCGGUUUCUGCGGCAGCAGCAGCAGCAGAAUCUGCUGCUGCUGCUGCUGCUGCUGCAGGUGCAGAUGCAGCAGCAGGAAGCCGCGCGGGCAGUGUUAUAGGCGCGGAGGUGUAUGCGGUGGUCCUGCAAGACCCCGAGGCUUCUGCUGCUGCUGCUGUUCAAGUGCGAGCUCUGCUGUCUCUGCAGCUGGAGGAGCCACGUCGUGGGGUGUCUGUACACUUCGUGACGGCGAGUUGGGUGUAUCGAUCAGCCCUGGAGGGCUCUAUAGACCCACCUUCUGCCUGGGGGCAGCACCUGCAGGUGGAAGGCCUCCCCCCAUGUUGUUGGGGAAGGUGUGGGGCGUUGUUGGGAUCGACUCCCACCGACUCCCUCGUUCCCGUCGCCACCCCACAACUCCCCGAACGCACGGCCUUCGUUGCUGGCCCUCCUCUUAUGCAAGUAAUAAAGGAGCCUUGGGGCCUGCCUCUAUUUGGCUGGCAUUUACUAAUGACGGAGGAGACCCUUUCUUCUCUUUCGGUGUCUCUGGAUGUACUUCAAUCCACUUGGGGUGUCUCCGUUAGUUUGCUGCCUUCCCUGUCUCCUGCUGCAGUGCUGCAGCAGCUGCUGCGCCUCCUCAAGGCCCACAACACAAACCCCGCAAAGGCCCCCCAGGGCCUCCAGAAUAUGCUGUUCUUUGCUGCUGUCGUAGCUCUAGACAAGCAAGACACAGCAGCACUCAACCCGCACAAAGACAGUGGGAAGGAGGGGGGCCCCCCUCCCCUCGUGCAGGGGGGGCCCCUCGCCUCUACAGCUCCACUCAGACCCUCGCAUGCUGCUGCCCUUGAGGAGCCCCGCACCCCAGUUAAAGGCAGCAGCAACGCAGACAGAAGGGCCCCCUCCCCCCCUCCUAAUGAAUCCGCAGCAGCAAACGACAAUAAGGAAAACCCAGACACCAGUCUACUUCAAUUAAACAAACAAAAUCAGAAAUUAUCGGAGGAAAGGACUCCCUUACGGUCCCCAACAGGCAGCAGAACAAACAGCAACAAAGUGAGGGGAAUCCCGGCUCCAACUCCUUUCAGUUUAAAGGGCCCAAACAAACUGAGUGAGGACUCUUCUGCUCUACGGGGCCCCCUUUCUCCCUCAAGGGGCCCCUCCUCUCCUCUUAAAAACCCUUCUUCUCCCUUUGGAGUCCCUUCUUCUCUAAUGAAGAAACCCUCACCGCCUAUACGCAAACCUUCUUCUCCUCUCAAGGACUCAACGCGCUCUAGGGGCGCCUCCUCGCCUCUCAGGGGCCCCACUUCUCCCCUUAGAGGCCCCCGCUCUCCCCUUAGGGGCCCCUGCUCGCCUCUAAGGGGGCCGCGCUCCCCUCUUAAGGGUGUUGGUUCGGUGGCCUCUCCGCUGCGUUCAGUGGGUCGCCUGGGUGCGCUGGGUUUGUAUGGGGGCUCGUCGCACAGGAACCUGUCUGUACACCUGAGGAAGCAGUGGGGGGGCCCCUGGGCCCUUCGCGCCCCUUCGUCCCGUUUCUGUUUUAAGAGCAGCACCUACAGAAUAACAGUGGGUAGACUGAAGCUGCUGCUGCCCGGGUUUGAAGGCCUCCCCCUUGUCAGUGCUGCUUGGGUCCUUGAGUGUAUCCAAGCACGCAGACUGCUCCCGCUGCAACAGUUUCUUCUCUCCCCUGGCGAGCAGCAGCAAGAGCAACAGCCGCAGCAACAGCAACUGCAGCAACAGCAACAGCCACAAGACAAACAGCCAACGGCGGAGCCAGGUUGCAGUGCUGCUGCUGCUGCGCAGCAGCCCUCAGGGGGCCCCUCUGCACCCAGCACCUCGAGGCCCUUGAAGAGGUACCUGCAAGGAGAACUGCAGCAAACGCCAAAGAAGCGAAUCACGCCAGCCCAUAAUCAUGCGGGGCCCCACACAGCAACGGAGGGGCCCCCAGCAGCAACAGAGGGGCCCCCAGCAGCAACCCAAGGGACCCCCUCAGCAACAGAGGGGACACCUUCGCGCGGCAGCUCUGCAAAGAGGAGGCCGUCUGCAACGACACCGAAAUCAGCACGCGAUCGUUCAUCUCUCUCCCAAGUCAACCAAAAUCACGCAACAGCACCGCAGCCAGCCGCAGCAACAGGAGCUGCUGCUGAUGUUGCUGCUCCUGCAGCUGUUGCAGCAGCAGCUGAUCCUGCUGCUUUAGAUCACGCCGAAGCAGCAGAUCACGCUGAAGCAGCAGCGGCAGCGGAGCCCAAGACGGUGCACGAAGGUGGCGUCUGCCCAUCGCGACGCCCGCGGGCAGGCGGAGGAGCGAAGGCCAGAAGAAAUAAAACAGAACAGCAAAAGGUAGACGGCAAGGAGGCGAAUGCAACAGCCGAUGGUCCUCAGGCGGACACACAGCAGCAGCAGCAGCAAGUGCAGCAAAAGCCGCAGCGAAAGCCUCAGGCAACAACAAACGCAGCUAAGAAAAUAGCAGCAGCAGCAGUAGCAGCAGCAGCGGUCAGAAGAGGCUCCAGGCGAGGGAGAGGCGGGGGGCGUUGA